AUGAUUUUGAAUAAUUUCAAUUACCCGAAAUAACCAGAAAUCUAAAAUUAAUAACAAUAACAUUAAAUACAUAAAAUAAAAGACUCUUUAGCUUUAAGAGUACUUUUUAAUACUAGAUAAAAAGAAAUUUAAAAUCUUGCAAAUAUAUUUAGAUUAACUUAUUCUGUAAAUGAGUAUUAAGGCUUUAUAGAAACAUUCAAAUUUGAUAAAGAUAAAGAAAAUCAAAUGGAAGAUAAUCCAAGCUAAGUCUUUAUUGAAUAGAUUGAAAUGCUUUUGUAAGAUGUUUAAAAAAGUAUCAAAUAAGAAGAAUAUGAAUGCAAUGCAGAUGAAUAUGAUAAAAUAAAAAGAAUUAUUAAAAAAAAUAAAGCAUAUCAAACAAUUUUAAAAUAAGCGGCUUAGAUAAAAUUUAUAAAUUUUGAUAAUUCGAAUGGAGAUCUUUCUACAAAUACCUACAUGCCAGAUGUCUUAAAGAAGUACACUAUAGAUGACUAAAUAGCAAUUAAGGUUUGUCAAAUAAAUAAGCCUGAUUAGCUAAACUUGUAAUUUUUUGACUAUUUUUUGAUAAAUAUGUCAUAAAGUGGACUUUUUACUGAUUCUUUUGCAUAAAAUCUUUAUAAUUCCAAUAAAAUAUUUAAGCAAAAAAUAAAAUCAAUAAAGCAUGAAAUUGAAUAGAAUAACUCUCUUUUGAUUGAUACUUUAAACUUUGAUCAAAAUGAAGAUAACAAGCAAAAGUAGGAAAUUGAUUUUAUUUUUGAAGAAUAAAGCAAGUCUUAAAAAAGUUAUCCAUUAACAAUUAUAAUCCAAACUUCACUAGAAGAAAAGAAUUGUAUAGCUAAUCUUAAGUUAAUUUGGGAUCGAGUAUUGAAAAAUAUUUAGAGUAACCGCAAAGGAUUUUUCCAAUUUGGCUUAUCUUUACAUAAUUCGUGUUCUUCGAAAUACUUAUCAUGCAUAAUAUAAUUUUUAAAGGAAAAAAUACAAAACCAAAAAGAUAACUUCUUUAAACUUCCAUCUGAGUUUUGGAUAUUUGUUUCUUAAGGCAAUGAAAAUAGGGUUAUCAAUAUGAUGAAUGACCUAUUAAAAAACAAAGAUCAAAUAUUUUAGAAUCCAAAAAAAAUUUGUUAUAACUCUUACUAUUCUGGAAAUAUAGCAGAAAAAAAGUAUUUUUCAUAAGAAACAAAAGAUAUAAUAAAAAAAGCUUUACAAAUUGGACUUGAAGCUGUUCCAUUUGUUUUAAACGGUGAUGCUGUAACCUUUAAUUAAAAUAAUCCAAAUUUGUUUCCAGGAGUAUAUGGAUUUGGUGCGAUGCCAAUUAUGUCAGCACCUGCUGUGUGGAGAAAUCCAAAAAGUAAAAAAAAACCAAAAAACGAAGACGUUUAUAAAGACACAUUUAGGAUAGAUCUUUAAAAAAUGUAAAUGCAAGGAACACUUUAGAAUUCUAUCUUUCCCAUUUUCGAAGAUGGUAAUGGAUACUCAUAUUUUAAUAAUAAUACAAUGGCCUAAAAAAAAUUAGACUCAGCUCUAUCUAAGAUGAUAAAGAUAUAUAAACUAUUGGAUAUAAAAUAAAUAAGUUAUUAAAUAAAUUUAUUAAAUAAUCAAUUCACUUCUACUUUUUGUGAGUUAAAUUUCUCCACAGACACAGUUAAGGUGAUUGGAGGACAAAGAACUGAUAAUAAUAAAUAAGCAAUUCCUGAUUUUAAUGCUGAAAGCGCAGACAAAGAUGAAGAUGAUCAUGAUAUGCUAGAAGAAGAUCCUUUGAAUGAAGAUAAGAUAGAUAUUGAAGAGGAAGAAUGGAAAAAUAAUUAAAAGGAUAUUGUGUACUAGAGACCUAAAAUCGUUGUAAGGGGUAAUCAAGAAUGUAUCAACUUAAUAGGAUGUAUUUUAAAAGAUAUUGAAUAAGACAAGUACAUAUUACAUGAGAUUAAAAUUAGCUCAAACAUCCCUAAAGGUAUCACAAAACUUUUUACUUAACUUGAAAAUCUAUACAAAGUGUGGAUAUAUGUAGGGAAUCAAUCUAUUACAAUAUAAGGCUACCGUAAAACUUUGAACAAUAUUUUACCUUUAAUUUACAAAGCAGUUUUAGAAAUUCCUUAAGACUAAAAGCAAGAAAAAGAAGAUUUGUAGAUUGAGUUGGGAAUGCCUAAACACUGGGAAAAAUAAGAUGAUAAUCUAAAAUUAGUAACAAUCAACUUAAACUCAGAUGAAGCUAAAAAAGUUAUACAACUUUUCUAAAAUUCGAUGCAAAACAUGCCAAUUACCAAAAUAGAAAGAAUCUAAAAUAUAAGCUUAAUGAAAAAUUAUCUUUUUGAAAAAUAAAAACUUAAAGAAAAGGGAGAUGCUACUGAAAAGUGGUUAUUCCAUGGAACACGCGCUACACAUCCCUCAGUCAUUUAUAGCAGUCCAGAAUAAGGUUUUGAUUUUAGAUUGGGAUAAGGUGGCAUGUAUGGAAAAGGUACUUACUUUCAUGAUGAUGCUUCUUACUCUCAUAGCUUUAAAUAUACUACUCCUUAAAAUAAAAGCUAAAUGUUUCUCGCAGCAGUCUUGGUUGGAAGAUGUAUUGCUCAACCCCCUAAUGCAUUUGUAGCACCUCCUUUUUAUAACUAGGCUAAAGGCAUCAGGUAUGAUUCAGUUAGGUGUAUGGGUGCUUAUGGUCAUAAUCAAUAUAUUGUCUAUCACAAUUCUAAAUCUUAUCCUCUCUAUUUGAUCACUUAUUGA